ACCAUGACCCCGGGCGCGGGCCCAUGGAGCCAUGGCCUAUAGGGUCCUGGGCCGCGCGGGGCCAGCUCAGCCGCGGAGGGCGCGCAGGCUGCUCUUCGCCUUCACGCUCUCGCUCUCCUGCACUUACCUGUGCUACAGCCUCCUCCUCCUGUGCUGCUGCGACGACCUGGGCCAGAGCCGCCGCCUCGGCGCGCCUCGCUGCCUGCGCGGUCCCGGCGCGGGCGGCCAGAAACUUCUCCCGAAGUCCCGCCCCUGCGAUCCCCCGGGGUCCACGCCCAGCGCGCCCGGCGCUCCCAGCGCGCCCGCCGCCGCCGCUCCCGCCGCUCGUCUCCCAGCUGCCAACCACUCGGGCUCGCCCAGGAUGGGCACCAAACGGCUGCCCCAAGCCCUCAUCGUGGGCGUGAAGAAGGGGGGCACGCGGGCCGUGCUGGAGUUCAUCCGCGUGCACCCGGACGUGCGGGCCUUGGGCACCGAGCCCCACUUCUUCGACAGGAACUACGGCCGCGGACUGGACUGGUACAGGAGCCUGAUGCCCCGGACCCUGGAGAGCCAGAUCACCCUGGAGAAGACGCCCAGCUAUUUUGUCACUCAGGAGGCCCCUCGGCGCAUCUUCAACAUGUCCCGGGACACCAAGCUGAUCGUGGUCGUGCGGAACCCGGUGACGCGCGCCAUCUCGGAUUACACUCAGACGCUCUCCAAGAAGCCGGACAUCCCUACCUUCGAGGGCCUGUCCUUCCGCAACCGCACGCUGGGCCAGGUGGACGUGUCGUGGAAUGCCAUCCGCAUCGGCAUGUACGCGCUGCACCUGGAGAGCUGGCUGCAGUACUUCCCGCUGGCUCAGAUCCACUUCGUCAGCGGUGAGCGGCUCAUCACCGACCCGGCGGGCGAGAUGGGCCGGGUGCAGGACUUCCUGGGCAUCAAGAGGCUCGUCACGGACAAGCACUUCUACUUCAACAAGACCAAAGGGUUCCCUUGCUUGAGAAAGACAGAAUCGAGCCUCCUGCCUCGGUGCCUGGGCAAAUCGAAAGGCAGAACUCACGUACAGAUUGAUCCGGAAGUGAUAGACCAGCUCCGGGAAUUUUAUAGACCUUAUAAUAUUAAAUUUUAUGAAACGGUUGGACAGGACUUCAGGUGGGAGUGA